GGACUGUGAUGGUUCCCCUCCCCGUUCUUCAACUUCAUCCGAUGACGAUAAUUGAAUAAAAUAAUCAUCGAUAAUUCGAUAUUAUGUUAACACUAACAGUUAUUACAAGAAUAAGAUAAGACUAAAAUGCCACGAAAACCGUGUUAUUGGACGCGCAAGCUCGAGUUUGCAUUGGUAGAGUUUGUUCGUCAAAGAGAAUUUAUCUGGAAACCCGUCGGCAACACGAAUCACGAUAUACAAAAAAAGUACAGAGCCUACGCAGAAUUUGCAGCCAGCUUGGGUUCCGAUUUCACAGCACGUUCUGUCAGAGACCGCUGGGUGAAUAUUCGGAGUACCUUUAAUCAUAAUCUUAGAAGGGUUGAUAAAUCUAAGGAGAUAGCACAAUCCUCUGCAGACGUCUAUGUACCAUGUUGGCCAUUGUGGAAGCCAUUGCAGUUCUUGAGAGAUGCUAAUUAUGAUGAUUACCCCAUACAAGAUUUCAAUGAUACAGCAUCCAAAGUUGAAGUAAAAGAAGAACCUUUGCCAGAAUACAAUGCUAUACUUAAUAUAAGGCAAAGAGGUGAAAGAACAAACCGGCCUAGAAGAAAAGCAAUAAAAAAAUUAGAUAACACAAAUGGUUGUAAAAAAGUAUUGGACAGCCUCAUUAAAACAAUGACACCAUUAUUAAAUACAAGUACUAAUAAAUCACAAUACUGGUUUUUCGGUCGCCACAUUACAGAAAGGCUUAAUGCUAUGAGAAAAGUUGAUGCUGAUUGUGCCAGUCAUGAAAUUAUGCGGUUGGUGAAACGCGUUGACACUUGAAAGUCAGAACUUGUCUCUGGUCAGGUCUCUUUAAAUAGUAAGCAAGUAAAAAGUCGUGUGAGCUCUGUGUGUAUUGACACAAGUUUUGUUGUUUGAAAGAAACUGGUCUCAGAGUAAAUCUUUUUGACAGACAGCUUUGUAAUGC